CAUCACCAUCGUCUCAUCUGGAUUCGCCACCUCCUGCAUUUCUGCAUGCGCGCUCGCAAUCGAGAAGGCAGCAUGCUCUCCAGCUUCUGGGCCGAUUCUGCGCUGGCGCACGGCCGCCAGUCGGACGAAGAGCAGCUCCGCCAUGGCGACCGCGGCGACCGUGGCGGCGUCGAUGACAAGGGCUCAGCUUCGGCUUCGGCUUCAGCUUCAGCCUCGCGCAGCCGAGACAAGGUCAGAUGCCUCGACGGACUUCGUGGAAUCGCCUGUCUCAUCGUCUUCAAUUACCACUUCCUCUGGCCCUGGACGCCUUCCAUUAUGCUGGGCUAUGGCGCAUUGCCACCGCGAGCCCCUGAGCCCUACGAGGCCUGGUCCUCCCUCCCCAUCAUAUGUCUUUUGAACCGCGGCCGUCCCAUGGUGGCCAUCUUCUUUGCCAUCUCGGGCUACGUGCUCUGUCGCCAUAUCCUCAGGGCGAUCCACGAGCGACGCCUGGACACGGCCUACCAGAAGUUGGCGUCGUCCGUCUUCAGACGAGUGUUUCGUCUCUAUAUUCCCCCCACCAUCAGCAUGUUCCUGGUGGCGAUGCUAGCCCAGUUGGGCGUCUUCCGCUCCGAAAUGGCCAUCUACAAGGGCCCUGACUCGAUUUACAUCAAUGGCACCGUGACAAUCGCCCAAUUGGGUGGCCCCUGUUACAACGGCAGCUUUCCAGUCAACAGCGCUGCAGCCGUCGCCGAUUCCUUGGGCUUGCGGAGCUCGGCCUACUUGAACACCACUGGCUGGACCGACAUCCUCUGUCUAAAUAGUUCAUCUGAGCUGCUUGGCCCCUCGGCCCUUUACCAGGUGGAGGAUGAAUACGAGGCCCUGUUCGCAAAUGAUACGGCAGCAUCAAACAGCACGAAAACGCGAAAGAAGAAAAAGGUUACUCCGCAUGCCUACCUGAAGGACAACAGGGAAAGGAACGCGCAUGAACUGCCAUACGAGUUCCUUGCAGUCGGCGCUGGUAACCACUCCAACAUCACAAACACCACUGACCCUGUGUGGGUUCAGUUUGGCGGAUCGUGGGAAGAGCAUCCAUUUAUCCACGACAACAUUACCUAUGCUCUCCAAAACUUCACGAGAGCCUAUGCAGAAUGGGCCAACCCCUUCAACUUCGGCCAUUACCAUCCACGAUACGAUCCGCAUACAUUCACAAUCCCCAUGGAGCUCCGCGGAUCCAUGGUUAUCUACCUUUUCCUGCUCGGAACCGCAGCCCUGAAAGUAAAGUGGCGGCUACGCUUUGUGGCCCUAUUCUCCGCCUACAGCCUGACCCUAGGACGUUGGGAUAUGGCCACAUUCCUGGGAGGCACCAUGCUUUCAGAGAUUGACAUUCUGUCCGAUCCUGUCCAAGGCUUGCCCCCUGUUGCGGGUGCCACAAAGGGUCGCCAGGCCCUCUUCAAAAAACCGGCGUUUGGAGCAAGGGCAAAGCGCUGGGGCGUCAUCAUCUUGGCCCUCUACUUUCUCUCGUAUCCUGACGCCGGCGCCGAGUACACACCCGGGUUCGUAGUUCUUUCUUACUUCGUCCCCAAGUAUUACAUUCCCCUGUCGGGCUGGAUGUUUUACCAAGCCAUCGGUGCGCUUCUGCUACUCCCUUGCGUUCUACGAAGUCCUUUUCUUCGUGGCAUUCUGGAGGGACCGGUGGCGCAGUACCUGGGCAAGAUCAGCUUCUCGCUGUAUCUUGUCCACGGGCCAAUCCUGCACAGCCUUGGAUUUUGGAUCAUGCCGAGGCUUUUCGAACGUGUCGGCCAGGCUGGGGGGUUUGUCAUUGGCUAUGUCGUCCUGUUGAGUAUAACGUUAUAUCUCGCGGACUGGUGGUACAGAAAAAUCGACGUCUGGAGCAUGACAGUCGGAAGGAGGGUGGAGAGUAUGCUCGUUGUCUGAGAAGAGGUAUUGAAGGCGACCUGCGGGCAGGACAUAUUUAGCACCGAUUCGCCUGACUGAAAAUUGUAAAUGAAUACAAUGGUGCAAUUUGUUAAUGGGCAAGUCGAUUGUCAGAUCACAAGCCGUGCCUACCAUCCAGUACUGUUUCCGAUUGUUGAAGUAUCCUGAUUUCACCAGAUUAGAUAACCAAAAAGAAUAGCUUAUCCAGACUCCGUACAUCCCUUGACCGAAUG